UCUUUGUGUCAUGUCAUCAGUCGAUGGGUGUGAGAAAGUGAAAAGAGGACGUUGUCAGCUACAAGGACACAAGAACCACUCUCAACAUCCAGCUGCGCAUCACAGAGUUCAGUCGACACUCUGCCAUGCCAAGAUCGUUCCUCGUCAAGAGUAAAAGGACUCACCUCCUCAGCCCGUCUAAGGAUGCCUUUAGACAGCAGUGCCUAUCCCAGAGAGAUGCUGAGGUGCCAGCGGCUGGAAAGGACGGCAGACGCCCUGAAGAUGCUGCGCAGCCUUCGUCCCCCAUCUAUGGGGUCAAAGAUUUUGUGGCCGAAGCCUACUUGCCGUGGAGUCGGGUGGCGGUCCGCUCUCACAGUGACCCCACGCAGGACCGUUGGCCUUCAGCCCCCUUGGAGAAAAUAAACGCUCCUCUGCUGGUCUCGCCGUGGUUGGCAGACAGACACCAAGCAUCUGAGAGAGAGCGAGAGCUGGAGAGACUGGUCUUCAUGUUAGUCAACCACACAUCGCACACUGACCUCAAAUCUCCCGUCAGUGAUUGCCCGCUGUGCGAGAAGUCCCUUUCAGAAGUCUUAAUACCAGGGGGUGGUCUACAGGUUUGUAAUGUUUUCUCUUCUCCACUGGCAACAUCCCCCACGGCCACAGACAUCUCCCACAUGCCCUUUGGCUUCAGAACAAUCAGCAGCUAUGGUAGAGCUAAGGUACACUGUGUGUUUGUGUGUAUAAAUGUGCAGGAGCGUAGCUUUGGCUGCAAGGUGUGCGGAAAGGUGUUCAAGCGUUCGUCCACCUUGUCAACCCACCUCCUCAUCCACUCAGACACUCGACCCUACCCCUGCCAGUACUGUGGCAAAAGGUUCCACCAGAAGUCAGACAUGAAGAAACACACCUUCAUACACACAGGUGAGAAACCGCAUGUGUGUAAGGUAUGCGGUAAAGGAUUCAGCCAAAGCUCCAACCUCAUCACCCACAGCCGAAAGCACAGCAGCUAUCGGCCGUUCAGCUGCCCCCGUUGUCAGCUCAGCUUCCAGCGCAGGGUUGAUCUACAGCGCCACCAAGAGACGCAGUGUGGUUACGGGGACAUGUACACUCAAACCUGAGCCCAUGAAGCAAAGAAAGUAAAAGUGGGCAGGGUGACAUCUGUUGUAAAUGUAAAAGUCUGAAAAAUAUGCUUUAAGUAAUAACAUGCUUAGAAGGGAAUAAAUGCGGACUGGUUUGCUUGAAGAACUCUACAGGGA